AUGCUCCAUGGGAAGCCCUUCAAGAGGUCCUCUGUCCCUGGGGUGAGCAUCCGGCAGCUGGUGGAGGAGGUCCCCAAAGGAUGCAGCCUGCCCAACUUCGAGCAGAAGCCCAUCACCUUGGCGCUGCAGGAGGGGAAAAAUGCCAUCUUCCGGGCCGUGGUAUGUGGGGAUCCCAGACCCGAGGUGAAUUGGCAGUGCAGCAAAGGUACCCUCAGUCACUCCAGCAAGUACCAGAUCUCUUCCACCCCUGGCGGCAAGGAGCACGUGCUGCAGAUCAACAAGCUGACGGGUGAGGACAUGGACGUGUACCGCUGCACCGCAGUGAAUGCGUACGGAGAGGCCAUGUGCUCCGCCAGGCUCACCGUCAUCGAAGUUGGCUUUCGGAAGACUCGGAAGAGGCAAAACGAGCCCCAGACGGACCUCAGGAAGGAGCUGGUGGACUUCCGGAAGUUACUGAAGAGGGCCACACCUCCCGCCCCGGAGAAAAAGGUGGACAUGGAGCAGGUGUGGCAGCUGCUGAUGACGGCCGACCGGAAGGACUACGAGCGGAUCUGCCUGAAGUACGGCAUCGUGGACUUCCGGGGCAUGCUGCACAAGCUGCAGGAGAUGCGGAAGGAGCGGGAGGUCAAGAUAGCACAGUACGUCAACGUCCUCUCCAACUUGAGACACAUCAAGGUCACCAAGGACGGGAUGGCAUCAUUUCACCUGGAGCUGGAUCUCAAGGAUUUGGGGAGCAAGAUCUACCUGUAUAAGGAUGGCGAGAUGGUGCCCUACGGCUUCGACAACCAGACCAAGCACUGUCUGCGGCGUCUAGGGAAACGUUACCACUUCCAGAUCCAGGACCUGCGGCCUGAGGAUGCUGGCAUUUACCAGGUCAAGGUGGAGGAUGCCGAAAUCUUCUCCACGGAACUGGAGGUUGGUGCCAUCCCCCCCCGAGUGGUGGUCCCGCUGACCGAGGUCCGCUGUGAGGAGCACGGUGAUGCUGUCUUCCAGUGCGUUCUCUCCAGCCCCUGCCCUGAUGCUGCCUGGAGUUUCCAGCACCGGCCGCUCCGGCCCAGCAGCAAAUAUGAAGUGUCUGUGUCCCCUGAUGGCCUGACCCACCGGCUGGUGGUGAGGGGGGCCCGUUUCGCAGACAUGGGCCUCUUCUCGCUGGGCACCGGGCUCCAUGCCUCCAGCGCCUGGCUGGUGGUUGAAGCUGGGAAGGAUAAAGGCCUGACCACAAGUGCUGACCACCAGCUGCAGAGCAGGAGAGGCGGCAGAGAGGCCAGGUUGGACGCCAAAGGCCAGGCGCAGGAUGCCACCCAGAGUCCCAGAUCCAGAUACAAGCCUGGCACUGGCCAUUUCUCCGAGGAGGCCCGAGGCCCCAUGGGCCACUUCUCCCAGGGCCUGGUGGACACGGAAGCGCAGCAGGGGGAGGACGCCAUGCUGUCUUGCACCCUCACCCGCGACCUGGGACCUGGGACCUGGCUUAAGGAUGGGGUCAAGCUCGGCACCCGGGAUGGAGUCGUCUUUGAGCAAGACGGUCUCGUGCACAGGCUCCUCAUUGCCCACGUGCAGGGCACCCAGGCCGGGCGGUACACCUUUGUCGCCGGCAGCCAGCGGAGCGAGGCCACGCUGACUGUCCACGAGCCCCCUGUUAUCGCUCCCGAUGUGGCAGAGAAACUGAGAGAGCCACUGGUGGUCAAGGCUGGGAAGCCGGUGACAGUGAAGAUCCCCUUCCAGAGCCGCCUCCCCGUCCAGGCUGCCUGGAGGAAGGAUGGGGCAGAGCUGGGGGGCGGCAGCAGUGGGGGCGCCCAGGUGACCCUGGGGGACGACUUCACGCGGCUUUGCCUCCCCAGCGCCAGCAGGAAGGACCGCGGCCAGUACAGCGUGACGCUGAGGAGUGAGGGAGGCUCCGUGCAGGCUGGGCUCACCCUGCAAGUCUUAGACAAGCCCCAGCCCCCACAGGGGCCCCUGGAGGUGCAGGAUUGCCAGGGGGCUGGUGUCUGCCUCCACUGGCGACCCCCGCGGGAUGAUGGGGGCCGGGCUGUGGAGCACUACAUGGUGGAGAGGCGGCAGGCUGGCAGGAGCACGUGGCUGAAGGUGGGCGAGCCCCCUGCGGACAGCACCAACUUCACCGAUGCCCACGUGGAGCGGGGCAAGAAGUACGCCUUCCGCGUGCGGGCCGUGACCUCCGAGGGGGCUGGGGAGGCCCUGGAGUCUGCGGAGGUGUUGGUGGCUCCUGAGGCUCUGCCCGGGCCCCCUUCCACCCCAGCCAUCGUGUCAGCCUCCAGGCAGGCCAUUACACUGACGUGGACGGCGCCUCGGGGCCCUGGCAGUGCCCACAUCCUAGGCUACCUGAUUGAGAAGCGCAAGAAGGGGAGUCACACCUGGACAGCAGCAAACGACCAGCCCGUGCCUGAGAGGAAGUGGACUGUGGUGGACUUGCGGCAGGGCUGUCAGUAUGAGUUCCGGGUCACGGCCGUGGCUCCCUCUGGCCCUGGAGAGCCUGGGCCCCCGUCGGAUGCCGUCUUUGCUCGGGACCCCAUGAGACCUCCAGGGCCCGUGCGGGACCUCCGAGUCACAGACACGUCGCACACCAGCAUCACGGUGAGCUGGGCCCGGCCGGACGCUCAGGAGGGGGAUGAAGCCCAGGGGUACGUGGUGGAGCUAUGCGGCUCGGACAGCCUCCAGUGGGCCCCGUGCCAUUUGGGCACCGUGCCAGGCACCAACUACACAGCCAAGGGGCUCCGGCCCCGAGAGGGCUACUUUGUGAGGGUGACAGCGGUUAACGACGGGGGCCGCAGCCAGCCCACCACCCUGGAUACGUUGGUGCAAGCUGUGCCCUUUACUGUCUGUCCCAAGUUCCUCCUGGACUCCAGCAUGAAGGACUCGCUGGUGGUCAGAGCUGGGGACACCAUUCGUGUUCCUGUCUCCUUUGAAGCUUCCCCCAUGCCCGAGGUGACCUGGCUCAAGGAUGGCUCGCCAUUGCCUAGAAGAAGUGUGACCUCCACCAAGGACGGCCUCACCCAGCUUCUGGUUCCUACGGCCAGCCCCUCAGACAGCGGCGUCUACACCGUGGUGCUGAGGGGCCUGCAGGGGAAGGAGGCCACCUACAGCUUCCACCUGCGGGUGGCAGCGUGCCCGCGGGCACCCGGGCCCAUCCGCCUGCAGGAGAACGUGCCGGGGACGGUGACGGCCGUGUGGGAGCCCUCUCCGGAUGAGGCGGGGGACACCUCGCUGCACUACGCGGUGCUGAUGCGCUGCUCGGGGCUCGGGCCCUGGCGCCCUGUGGCCGACGGCCUGCACACCAACCACUACACUCUCCUGGGCAUCCUCCCCGGCCUCGAGUACCACUUCCGGGUGGUGGCCAAGAGCGAGCUGGGCACCAGCCAGCCCUCGGACACCAGCGAGCCCUGGUGCGUCCCCCGGCAUCGAGACACGUUCGCAGUGAAGACCCCAAGGUUCCGGGAGCCCGACCUGCGCCAGAAGCCCCGCUUCCUGGUGGGGCUGCGGGCCCACCUGGUGCCGCCUGGCUUCGAGUGCUGCAUGAGCUGCGCCGUGCAGGGCUGUCCCCGGCCCCAUGUCACCUGGUUCAAGGAUGACCAGAGCCUGGAGGGAAACCCCGCCGUGUACAGCACCGACGUGCAGGGCGUGUGCUCCCUGGUCAUCCCCAGCGUCUCCCCCAAGGACAGCGGACGCUACAAGGCGGUGGCCGAGAACGCGCUGGGCCAGGCUGUCAGCACCGGCACCCUCAUCGUCACAGAAUCCAGCCCAUAGCCCUGCCUCGCCCAGGAUGGCCCUGCUCGGCCCCACAGCCAUGGAACGAUGACAGAUCCCCGAAGCUUCACUCUUGACACCCACACUGGCCCGAGGAGCCAGUCCCGAAGGAUGGAGGACACUGGUGGUGCCCGGAGCCCCAGGGAGACUGGAGUGAGGGGGCUCCAGAGGAGGUCCCUCCAGGAGGGCACAGAGUCUUUGGGGAAGGAAGAGAAGGAGGGGUGGCAUUCAGCCUCCCGGCCCCAAGCUAAGUCACUGAACAGGACGACAGCGAGCCUCCACCGUCACCGUGUGGGUUUCCUCUGCGCUUCAGGAGAUCCAGUGAGAACCUGCCUGCAGGAUGGAGGCCGCGUCCCCAUUUUCCUGGGCUGGGCCCCUUGGAGGGAGAGCGGGAAGAGCUGGGUCUGCUGUGACCAUGGGGAGGGAGGAGUGAGGGAGGUCAGAGCAUCCGGGUGAGGA